GGCAUUUUCCAACACUGAUCCACAUCAACCAAGAUUAAAUUAAUUUUUCUUCUUGGGAUCAGUUUUUGCCAUGGAUAAGGAUUCAGACAGCACCGUGACAUCCUUGGACGAGAACACGGAAAACUUCUGCACGAAUCCCACACGCGACAUCCUCGCCGAGGGCAUCACAAACCUCUUCAAGCCCACCAUUGAACGGUUGGACGAGCGGGUGGCCUCCACAAUUCAACUGCAGGCGGAGCUGAGGGGCCAACUGGAUGCCCUGGCUGUCCAACUUAGGGACAUAGAGCGGGCGCAGAGUCAGAUUCCCGAAUUCGCGGACAAGGUGAAGGAGCUGCUGAACGUGAAGCAUAAAGUGACUGUGAUUAGCAACGUUCUGGGCACCAGUCAGGAGCGCCUCACGGGCCUGCACAAGCUUAUCGAGAAGGAGCAGCGGCGGCGACAGGCACUGCUGGACUCUGCCCUUAGCACCAACAUAUCCUAGAGCA